UUGAUUUGAAAUCCUUUUUUUUUGGGGGUUUGUGGGUAAGCUAGCUUUCGGCAUCUCUGUUUGACAUUAAGGUUUGAAUUCACUUGCUGUAUUGGGGGGUAGUUAGUAGUUGUUUGUGAUAAAGAUAGUUUGCCUUUAUUAGCAUUGGCAUUGUAUUUGGAGUAUAAGAAGAGUCCUUGACGCGAUUCUUCAUAUGUGGUUUGUUUAGAUUUGGUUAGUUGUUGUGCAGCUUCUGCACACUGCACAUGAUGUAUCGAACGAGUGAUAUGUGUCCGAGACCUUUCUAUGGAUAAGCAGAACCUUCUUUUUCCUUCAGUUCUUCUCUCCACCUCCUAGUGCUUGGAUUCUUCUUUCAUGUCAUGACUCGUGUCUCUUUUGUUCAACUUUCUAGACUAGUUACAUCAAUUUCUCUGGAUGUUUAUGGUUUUGGGUUUCAAUGCGGGUUUUGCGGUGUGCAUAAGUGAAAUCAAAGUACAUUGCAGUCUUAGUACACGACAUUAUGCUCCAAGUUGUUAAAAUGAAAAAGGUGAUGGUCAUAAAGCCUAUGUCCAAUAUUAACUGUAUACUAAUAUGAAAUCAAUUAAUUUAAAUUAAAAUAUCUAAAAAUUCAUUAAUGAAAAUCAGUGAAAUUCAAACCCGAUUAUCAAAAUCAGAAAAGACCAAAUACUCUAUAAGGCCUGCCCUUUAUCUUAUCUUUUCAUAUUGCUCUUCGCUAGAGUUUAAUGGCCACAUCUUCACCAUCGUUUUGUACAGUUGAUUGGUUACAAUGCAGAUAAUGAAUGAGUUCGGUUGUAUACUGCAUUGUGAUUCAUUUCGUGGUCUAUUAGUCCCUAUUGACCUUAUAUUACGGAAAAGAACGCUAUCACUAUCUCCUUGGGAAUCGAAUCCCACUACCUCUCCUCUUGAAUAUGAAUGAGUUCGGUUGUAUACUGCAUUAUUAACACAUUUGCCGACGGUAAUUUACUUACAAAAUAAAACGAAAUAUUGUAUUUUUCAUCUUUAAGAUAUGCUUAAAACACAAAUAUAUAUUUUUUCAUUAAAAGUAAAAUGCUCUUAUUAAGAGAAAACCCACUUUAUUGUAAAAAAAGUUAAAAAAAAAAAGAUCAAACAAGUAAAUAAAUGGAAUGCCGCUAUAGGCUAUAUAUAUAUAUAAAUAAGCAAAUAAAGAUGUGAUAUGGAAAGUAUUUGUAGGGGAGAAAGAAACGUUCGUCGAAUCCUCCUCCUCCUCUUCAUUCCCUUGAUCGCCGUCGUAUGUUCAGCUGCGAGUGAUAAUAGAAUGGAGGAAGAGAGGGAUGAAUCGAGGAAAAGCAGGAAGGAGAAGGAGAUGGAGAGGCGGCGUCUAAGGGAUAGAGAGAGGAGACAGUCUAUGAGCCAAGAUGAGAGGGAAAGGCAUUUAGCUCGGCGCCGCAAGAAUUAUCAGCUACGAAGGCAGAGAGCUGAGGUGAGCCGCAUCGGCUCUCAGAUCCAAGAACUCACCGGAGAAGGGAGCCAGUUAGCAGUGACAUCACCUCCACACUCCGGAGAUAGCAGUACUGUCCCGUUGGUUGAUUCUGAUCAGAGUGUGGGAAUAACAGUGGAGGAGUUCGGUAAACUGGUGGGGACGAUACGGCUUAGCCGUGUGAAGCAUCUGGCAAGGACACUGAGAAAGUGGAGUACUAAUGGUGCAGAAGCAAGCAGCAGUAAUAGUGGAGGAACUAACGCAAUGACAAGACGUGCAAUGUCAAGUGGGCUACGUCUGAGUCGAGUGAAACGACUGGUGAGAUCAAAGGGACAGCAGGAGGGGUUGUUGUCACAACAUUCACCAACAUAAGGACUCCAGCUUCAGUAGAGUUCACAAACUUGAACGCCGAGCCUCAUAUGAUAUAUGUUAGCGUGUUUGUAAAAGUCAUGAACACAUUAUGUUUUGGAGACAUUUUUUUAAGCUCACCAAUUUUGUUUUACAGUACACAAGUGGGAAUACAUUACAUUCUAUACAAAAAUCUUGUUUUUCGUCGUAGCCGUUUCCUAUCCAAACAUACAUCAUUUUGAUUGUUAACGCAAAAAGAGAAAUUUCGUAACGCAAUUUCAAAGCUUAUUUCAGUGUUGAAUUUUGCAACAAAACAAGUACCACUAAUAUAUCACAAUGGACUCGACCAAAAAAAAAAACCCACUGCUAGUAAGUAAAAACAAUUUUUGAUUUGGUUGUUUAUAUGUAUCUGCAUGUGAAUUGAUAUAUAAGUUUUCAAAUUUGAGAGAUACAUCAUCAAAUGAAUCCGAUGGUUAAUAUCUUCCAGAACAGCAAUCUGUCUUCCCCCAAGGCUUCAAGAUAGAUAUGAUUGUUCACUAGCUAUGCUAUUAAUCCUUACAUAAAGCAAGGUAUGUCUCUGAAAUAAUUAGAGCUGAAACAAGAUCGAUCAUCAUAAAAAGGUUACUAUAAUACAUGAAUGUUCAAUUUCUGACUGAGAUUUGUUUAGAACAAAGCACAACAAAUGUUAGGACUGACAUUCAUAAAUCUAACAGUUCUAAAUUCAAAUGAAACAAGGGAACGAAGAGCAUAUGUGGAAAUCAAAGUUAUGGCUUGUUGCACCAAGUCAUGUUCUUACUGAACAUAAUGGCCACCAUAGAUUCAAAGAAAUGUUAAGGGUCUUUAAAAGACACAAACGUCAAGCUUUCAUAGCUCAGUUGGUUAGAGCACCCGUUUAGUAAGCGGGAGGUCUUGAGUUCAACUCUCAAUGAAAGCAACUUAUAUUUUUACCCAUUUAUUUGCUGCAUUUUGAAUGGGGCCCAUUCCUUGUUUUGGGAUAGGUAGAGUCUAGGGGCAUAUUCGGAUUAUCUGGACUUAGGGCUUCCGCCGUCAUCCAUAUAAAUAAAGCUACGCAGAAUACAAAUUUCGCAUCAUCUUUCUUUCAACUGUUUAUCCAUGGACCCUAUCUAUAUUCAUUCCUUUUCUCUUUGUAUUUUUUUUUUUAAAAUAAAAGAUUUGUUAGGCAGUGAUGAGUAAAUCGAGAUAGUCAUGCACCACUCUGAUGAUUUUUAGUGCUGAGAAUUUCUCUUACCAUAUUUCUUCUGAGCCUCUCUUUUGUAGAUAUUUGCUUAACGUUUUUCAUCUGUUGAUUUGAACAUUUGUCAUUGUAAAUGUUUAGACUUUGAAACUUUUUAUGGAUAAUGAAACCAAUUUGCUUGAGAAAAAGGCAGUGAUGACUCGGAAAUAUUCAAGCUCAACAGACCGGAAUUAGGCGUUUCUUACCGAGAUUCGUUUCUGUGUCGAUACUCCCGCUGAACUGAGCCUUCUUCUCUUUAUUGGAUAAGCUUUUGAAUUUGAGUUUUUUUACCAAUCACCUACCGCUUUGAUUUUUAAACCUUUUUUUUUUAAUGCUUGAUUAGUUUGGGUUGUGGAGAUGACUAUGAGGAUAUAAUGCUCCCUCUUCUGAGUUCAGCUGAAGUAACUUGCUGGCAGAAUCGAACCUAAUAUCACUAGCCACCACUGAGUCAUCUCCCUUUAUUCCCCUUAUAUAUAUUGAUAUUAUUUAUGGAGCUAUAACGGUUCUCUUAAGACCUAUGGAAUUUUCCAAAAUCAAAUUCACAUUCUUCUGCUAAACCCAUAAACUAUAACCAAUAAAUUCUUAUCCAUCCAAACCAGAACUUGUGUCUGAACGACGGCAGACUAUGACUUGAAUUUCUCCAUCAUCACAGGAUUCUAUGUAGACAGACUGGUAUUACAAUUCUGUCAGCUAACUUCAAGUUUUUAGACCAAAAAAGAAUCACGACAAGGUGACAAACCAAUUUAUCAAACAGGAAAACAAGUGAUACUUCAUCCGGAUAGAAGUCAACAUCCCAGAAUAAUUUUCCAUCUGAAACUUGUCCAUGCAUGAAACUCAUAUCCAGACUGAUGAGAUAGUAAUCGCGUUGGUCAACGAACCGGACCUGGUUUGCAGUGUUUCAUUGUUCUUUUAAUUAUUUAUUUUAAUGAGUUUAGUUGUUAAUAAUGGAGACUGAUUCUUCCUAAUGUUUAGGAACUUAAUCAUCCCACUUUUCCCAUUUCAUCGUUAUAUAGGGAUCAUGAUACCACAAUUGCUUCUUGUAACUUUUAUCUAUUUAAAUCAAUGCAAACAACAAAAAGAGGUAGUCAUAACUACCCAAAAGAAAAGCGUGUUCUAAUGUGUUCUUAAUUUGUUCUUGAACAAUUUUUUUUUGAUUUGAAAAGAGACCUUAAUUGGUAUCAAAUCACAUGUUUCUAGAUCAACAUUGAUAUUUCUUGGCAAGUGACCUAUCCAGACAUCAUUGAGGAGUCCACGUAACCACGUGGAAAACUGAUCAUUUGAGUUUGAUAAGGUUUAAAAGUAUCAACAACAACUUGACCAUGAAAAACUCAUUGGGAGACUGUAAUCGUAAAAGAACCGUUUGAGCUUGUGAUGCAGCGUAUCAGUAUCAUCACCUUCACCGCCACUGUUAUGGGUUUUCUUGUUUCAGGCUUUACUUGCGUCUUAAGUUAUUAGGUUUUCCUUUUCCUAUUAGAACUAGUUAAUUGUUAACUUUCCUUUUCAAUCUAGGACUAGCUUUAUUCGAGUAGUAUAAAUAGAGGCUUUGGUUUUAUGUAAGCACAGACUACUUUUGAUUAAUAAGAUUUACAGAUUUGAGUUUUAAAGAGCUUUUAACAAAUCACUGCGAAGUGUAUUCGCACAAUUCGUUCUUGUUUUCGUUAAGACUUCAAGAACACGUUACCGGAUUUAAGAUAAAAACCCUUGAACUUGAAUUCAUAGCUUCCGCUCUCUAUCAGGUUGUAUCCGUUUUUCUUGUAAAUAUGUGAUACUUCCCUUGCAUGCAUUCCUGCGACAGCAUAGUUGUGUGCUCCACCGCCUCCACUCCACCUGUAACCCGCUGCACCGUAAUAGCCUUACAGCUUCUUUCAAACUCCUUGUAACACAUUACACAUACCCUGUAAUGUGUUAUCCAAGUGAUGUUCCUUUCUUUAGCUGAUGCUCCACCUGAAAGCUAGAACGUGUUACAGGUGUACAAACUUUGAUCUCUUAAUUGAAAGCUUCAGACUUUACGACCCUCGUAAGAGAUAACUACAGUCAAAUUCCUGAUGAGUCAACUAACCAUGGGAUGCCCAUCUAUGCAAGAAAAGCAAACCUGUAGUUCAACGAUUAAGUUCAAGACAAGUCUUCUCUUUGAUUAUGUUUUGUUUUAUGCAAAUAAUCAGAUCACUACUUCACUACAUAUCUUGUCGCAACAGAGCAACGUGAAUCACUUUCACAUUGUAUUCUAUGUUUUAAGUUCUAUUGAAAUCAAUAUAAAGGUCUUGGCACAAAUUAACAAAUGUCAAGAUGGCCGAGUUGGUCUAAGGCGCCCGCUUCAGGUGCGGGUCCGAAAGGGCGUGGGUUCAAAUCCCACUCUUGACAAUAUAUCCAUUUUUCCACCUUUUAUUAUAAGCAAGUAAAUAGUGCUUUGGAACUAAAAGUAUUGUUGUUCUGUGGGGUUUGAACCAAACAAUAUAAAGAUAUAAAUAGUGAAGGUUAGUAACUUAGUAUAGUUCUUAUUACCAAGAUGAUGAACGCGUAUUAUUGUAAUAGUGAAGGCUAAUUUAGCAGCAGUGAACUCAAAUGAUACUUUCUGGAUAAUUGAAAUUCAGCGUCUAACUAAUGAUGUCUCAUGUCAUUGGCUCCUCGUGCGAAGACAUUCGUUUUUUUUUUCCUUCAACUUGAAUUUUUAAGAAUUGACUUGUGUUGUUAAUGUGCCAAUAAUAGGCAGGUCAAACUAUUACAGUUUCUAACUAACACUAGACAGCUUGACGAAAAACAGUUAAUUUAACCAAGGGAAAUUGAGAAGAAAACACAACCACAAACAUGACCAUUUUCAGUGAAUUGUUCUUAUCCCACAUGUGCAGCUAAAGUUAAUCCUUAUUGACUGGAUAAUUGACCACUUGUUUACCAUAAACUGUCUCUUUCUAUCUCUAAAUUUAGCAUUUUCAACCUUAGUGUCUUCUCUAUAUAUACCUC